UAUAAUACCAGUAACUCAUUUUAUAUAAAUUUUAUGGGAAAUAAACGAUGACUAUAACUGUAUGGCGGCUAAAGGAGUUGUUGGGUAAAAAUACUCCCUGGUUAGGACCACUAAACCUGGAGCAACAGUUGAGUAGCUGCGGCAUCUGUACAACAUCCCCAGCUAAAGCUAAUCAUGACUGAGGCCUAAUAUCUAUUUUACAAUUUGGCAAAAUGGUAUCUUCACUUCCAACAAAAUAGCCGUAACUUUGAAGAGAUGUUACAACAAUACUUUGAAAAAUUUAACUGCACCAUAACAGCUGAAAAUGACCAAGUGGAGCCUGGAACAAGAGGUGCCACCACCAACACUGCACCAUCACCACCUAUGCCAAGGUCCUGCAGCACCAAGUAAUGUACUACACCACCUGUGAUUUGUACACCAAAUGAAUCUACCAUCACACCAGACCAGGACCUCUGUGAAAGAAGACACGUGAUGGUGCAGAUGGGGCGAGUGCAGCAUGUCCCAGGCACCAGCAACACCAGCAGAGAGUGGUGGUGGUAAGCUGCAGCCGCCGCACAAUGUGGUGGUAUAUGUGGCAGGUGAGGGGGGUGGCCAGGCUGGGCCGGGAGGGGCACAGGGACCACAGCGUCCCAUGAUCACACCUCAUCCAGUUAAACCCACCAACCCCCACAUGGUCAAUGGCUUUAGGGUUGCUAACCCAUUGCACCAUCAACAGCAACAACCUGGCUACAGCAUGCCAAUGACUGACAGCCUUCAGCAGCAGCAGCAACAACAGUUCCUCAUGAAUAAAAUGAAUGGGUUGGAUGGAACCAAUAACUGUUUCCCAUCUAGCCAGGCACCACAGCAAGUGCAGUACCUUCCUGGUGGUAAUUAUGUCACCACCGUCACUGUGCAUGCCUCAGAACAAUCACAGCAGCACAGUCUUCAACAGCAGCAGCACACAAGAGCAGUAAAUCAACAACAACAACAGCCGCAACCACAACAGCACCAGCAGCAACAACAACAGCAACAACAACAACAACAACAACAACACCUACAAAACCAAGUCAAUGUGAUGGGCACCAUGAAUGGUUAUGUGCAAAAUGGUGUCAUGAUGCAAGUGAAUAAUGCAAACCUGGGUAACAACCCUGCUAUGAUGAAUAACCCACAGAUGAUGAAUAAUCAGAUAGUGACCAAUAACAGCUGUAACAACACCACAAUGAUGAAUAACAAUAACAUGGUAGUAGCUCGCCCAAGAACUAGUUCCCGUUGUGACUCCGUGAGAUCGGAAACUGCAGAGUCCAGUUGUAGUAGUUUAAGCUCCGAUAGUCAGACAGAACACACUCAACAACAGCAUCACCAACAACAACAACAAACAAAUAAUCAGUUUAGUAAUAGUCAACAGUACCAAGUCAAUGUGAUGAACAAUCCACAGUAUAUGAACAACCAUAUGCAAACUAUGAAUCCAAACAGUUACAAUUCUUACCCAAACUACAUGGCCUGUCAGUCACCUGGCGGGAGUAAUCCAAGCGGGAUGAAUCAAACAGGUGUGUACAACAAUCAAAACAUUGUGCAGGCCUUCCAUCAAGUGAACACAGUGCAGCAUGUGCAAAUGCAAGGGGGACAGUUACAAAUAAUGCAACAGCAAUACCAGUAUGUGCAGGGCCAAAAUAUGAAUGUGAUGCAACAGGCACCUGGAGUGAGUGUAAACAAUGUGCAAAGGCCAUGCAUGAUGCAAGCUGGGGGGGUGGUUCAGGGGCAGGGGACCAAUGCAAUGCAUGGGCAAGUCAUGCAGGGCCAAAACAAUUGUGCUCACAAUGUCAACAUGAUGCAAGGCCAGGGCAUGAACAUGGUGGCAGGACAGCCUGGAAUGAACACCAUGCAAGGUCAGAACAUGAAUAUGAUGCAAGGGCAGCCUAUGAAUGUUGCACAACAGCAGGGUGGAAAUGCAAAUAUGAUGAGUGGCCAAUAUCACGCAGGUCAUGGACAAGGUCUGAUGGGUCAAGGUAACCUAGUGAUGGGAGGGCAAAAUAGUGGCCACUGUACUGGUGUUAUGGGGGUACAAAAUCAUCAUCCCCAGCAGCACAUGAUGAGUGGAGCAAUGAUUCCUGAUCAUCAGCAACAAGCAGUGAUGAUGCAAGGCAACAUGACCAUGGUGCCUGUGGGAGCCAAGAUGGCAGGUACCAACAUGAAUCACGCCAGUAUGAUGGGAUGCUCGGGUGCUCCUGUGGGAGUUGUCAACUCUCCGUGCAGCGGUUUGCCUGCAGGUGCCCCUACCGUUCACGCUGCUGUGGACAAGAAUUUUAUGCCACUCAUUGUACCCUUUGGAUGGAGGAGAGUGGCAAAUAAUGGACAAGUCGUCUAUACCAGUCCGAGUGGCAGUGAACUACGUAGCGUACCUGAGGUGGCUGAGUACCUGGCCACUGAGGGCACGUGUAAGUGUGGGCUGCAGUGUCCCCUCCGCGUCGAACACACCUUCAACUUCGACCCCAAGGUACCGUCGCGGCCCACACUGCUGCCGGAACUCGGGGCGGGUGACAUGACCAAGCUGUGUAAUCAUCGUCGGAAGCUGGCCAUCGCCUUCACACAUCACCUUCACAAUAAUGCUAAGAAAGAGGAUGGACGGAAAAAAAGAAAGCGGAAAGCACCAGAAGCUGUGGAGACCCCCAGCCAGAUGCCUCGAGGACCAACCCCCUCUCAGAUACUUAGGGGGACACCCAAUCCUGCAGGGAUGCCUCGGGGAGCAGCCCCACCCUCACCGAUGGCAUGUGGUCCUCACAAUGCUGUACAUAUUCCCAGAUUACCUUCACCUGCCCAGAUGGUAUGUGGCAGCACUCCCACACCAACACAGAUGCCCCGAGGAGCCCCCACACCCUCACAGAUCCCGCAGUUCAACCCGCAGCAACAACAACAACAUCAUCAUCAUCAUCCACAUGCAUUCCAACAACAACAACAUCAACAACAACAACAACAACAACAACAACAACAACAACAACAGAACUGGGGGAUGAUGGGAGGUAUGGCAGGCAUGGUAGGUGGGGGAGGAUAUACUGGUCGGCCUGGCGUCAUGAACACCCCUCAAGGAUGUGGUCACCCUUACCCUCAACAACACUGUCCCCCAGCUUCUCACUCCUGCUGUGACGUCCACCACCACUUUCAACCUAAUAUGAAUGCCAUGACAGGGCCCAACAUGACACCAACCAUGGGGCCAGGAAUACGACCAACUAUGGCUCCAGGUUUUGGGGAGAUGGUGCUCCCCAACAUGUGUCGGUCCGGAGAUCCUUCAGUGUUCCGUGGUGUGAGGCCUCAGGGGCAGAGUCCUCACCAGCCACUGCCUCAACAACAACUCCAGCAGCCACAGCCACAACCACAGCAGCCACAGCAACAGCAGCAUCUUUCAGUGCAACAACAACACCAGCCAGUCCAACAGCAGCAUCAGCCACAACAACAACAACAACAACAACUUCAGUCACAGCCUGAGCAGCAUCAAUCACAACAUCAGCAGCAUCAGUCACAGCACCAUCAAUCACAGCAACAUCAACAUCAAUCACAUCAAUCACAGCAACUGCAACAACAUCAUCAACCACAGAAACAUCAUCCACAGCAGCAGCAGCAGCAACAACAACAACAACAACAACAACAACAACAGCAACAACAGCAACAACAACAACAACAACAACAACAACAACAACAACAACAACAACAACAACAACAUCAUCAUCAUCAUCAUCAACAAACUCAACAAAAGGAACAGUCCCAACAACAACAACAGCAGCAGCAACAACAGCACUUGACAGCCCCUCCCCCACCACCGCCUCCAUCAGCUAUGAUGGCGCCUGGGUCACAUAUGAUGACAGGCAUGAGAGGUGUUGGACCACAUCCAUCUAACUUCAUGAACAACAUGAUGUGUCGUAUCCCAGGCUCUGGCAUGAUGCCUCCACGUGUGAUGCCUCCCGGGGCAAUGCCUUCGCCUCAAAGUUCAAAUGAGCAACCAUCAGUUCCUGCGGCAUUUUGGGAAGAUGGAGAAAAACGGCGUAAGACCGGAGGACGAGCGAAGAAACGCUUCAAAGGUGCCGUAGAGAGGUCCUCACCGUGUCCUAACAUAGAUAUUAGGAAUAUGCACACUGACCAUUGUGGGCCAGGCCCUCCGCCACCACCUGGACCUUCUUUCAUGGAUGACCCUAGUGGGUACCUGGCACAGCAAACUGCUCUGUUGAAUAACACUAUGGCUGGUGGUGGGAUGGGCCAGUUCUCUCCACAGGCUCCUAGACCUCCUCCACCAACCCCUUCAGUGCCACAGUCACCAGCCACACCAAGUGGAAUUGUGGUUAUGUCCCAACAGCAACUUCAGUCUCAGACUGGAACAUUAGCUGUGGGAAACAAUAAUGGAACCCGGACAGCUCAGAUGUCAUCCUCUCCAGCUGUAGUCCCAUUGCCUAGUAAUGUUCCUUUACCUGCAAGAGUUAGUAAGGCUGCCACUCAGACUACCAAUACCAUCAUUACCACACCUUCUGUCCUCCCCACUCAGUCUUCACACACCAGUGUUGCAAGAACAGCCACCCCAACUUUUUCGUCGCCCGUGACCAACACUGUUACGUCCACUCCUCAUCACCAGACCCCUCAGACCCCCAUCACUCCUUCAGUAGCUAAAGACAGAAAUGGCAAUCAGCCAGAAGUCACCUGUGAUCAUAUGAGUCAGAGUGAUGGAGAGACUCCCAAUGUUACCACUGCAUCAGUAGCCAAGGUUGAGUCUAGUAACCUUGUCCACACUACCACUGUCACCUAUACUCUCUCCUCAACUCCAACAACAAAUACAAAAGUCACUAAUACCAUGCCCAUUACCACUCAGGCUGGAUGCUUGCGUCAGAAAGAAAAGGACAGCAUAUCGUGCUUCAAGUCGGAAGAAGACGAGUCACAAAAAAUUAAGUGUGAAUCUAGUAUACCUAUUGAGAGCUUGAAACCCUCUCCAGUUAGUGCAGCUAAUGUAAGAGAAUCUGUCAAGAUAGAAUGUUACAAGAAUGUAGGGAAUGUAAAACAGUGUGAAAGUGAAGAAAUCAGUCGUGAGCAGCUUACCACAAGUGGCCCUGGCAGCAGUAGCGAAGGUCUUUCAGCCAACAAACCCCUUACACCUGGACCCCCUAGUGUUAGUGCUGGAGCAGGAGUUACACAAUCCCCCUUGGAGAUGGUACAAAGUAUAGUUAGUAGUAUUCCUGUUCCAUCUUCUCUGGGACCAGUAAGACCAGGAUCUCAGCAACAGCCACCACCACCACCACCACCACCACCAAUACCUCCACAGCAACAUAUGCAACAACAGUUAUCACAGCAACAGCACGCAGCAGUCCCAGUACCUCUGUCUCCUGGCAUAUAUAAUGGUCCUAUCUCCACAAGUGUAACUGUUUAUGGGGGAGGUGGUUCAGGAGGGUUGGUGCAUGCCUCAGGGCCCCUGAUAGUGAGUGGACCACCUCCUGCUCAGACCAGUGUUUUUGUGACUAGUAGUGGUGGGUGUAAUGGCCCAACAAACAUGGUAAUGGUCUCGUCUCCAUUCAACACAAAGGGUAGUGGUGCGACUGGUGUAACUGUUACAUCAGGAGUUGUGGGUGUACAAGCUGCCAUGCCACAAAUGCAAGUUCAGCAACAAAUGGCACCUAUGCAACAGCAUUUACAACCUCAGUUACAGCCACAAUUACAACAACAACUGCAACCUCAGCUACAACAGCAGCUUCAGUCUCAAUUACAACCACAAUUACAACCUCAGCUUCAACAGUUUCAGCCUGUACAGCCCGUGGUGCAGCUAGUCAACACCUUUGCCACGAUGCAGGCUCCAGUUAUUAUCCAGAACGGUGGUAACAUUAUCCAGUCAUCUACAGGUCUCUUGCCUAGCCCAGGUGGUAUGUUGACUGGUCCAACUCCUCUUACACAGGGUACCAUUAUGACUGGUCAGUCACUUGUUCCUGCCACUGCUGCUACACUGGCAGUAGAGGGCACGCAUCAUCAUCAUCAUCAUCAUCAGCAGCAGCAGCAGCAGCAGAGCCACCAGGUUGGCCAACCACAGUCUUCUCCACACCUUCAAGUGGCACAGGUGGUCACUACUGGACUUACAGGAGAAACCAUAGAUGAUGUUAGAACAAGAAACACUUCAACUCCACUUGGCACUUCAGGUUCAACACCAUCCACUCCACAUUCAACUCCAGGGUCCACUCCAGGAUCAGACACUCCUUCAAGUGGUGGCUCCUCAGGAGGACGUCGCCGCAAGCGAAGACGCAACACCUCCACACCACAAGGAUCAUCUACCUCACACUCUUCACCACAACAUCAACAGCAAGGCUUGGUACCAGCAAUUAUCAUGGGCAACAAAGUCCCUCAACAUAUGGUAAUGAACAGCCCUCACAUGACUCAAGUAUCACCAUAUGGUGCAAUGGGAACCAUGGCUGCUGCUGGACAGAUGGCACAGGUAGCCACAGUCACAAGUCAGGUAGGAGGUGGGCAGAUGCUGCAGGCAGCAACUGCUCAAGGAACAGGUGCCAUUAAUGUUGUUCAGAUGGUUGGGAACACAUUACCAAACUUGCCUGUCCAAGUGCACAAUCCACCUGCCAUUGUAGUAGGCUCAGCACCACCUCAGGGUGUUGUUAUAAACCAGCUUUCAGAUGGUACAUUUAUAUCAACAGACCCUCAUACUGGUAUGUCUUACCCUGUACAGUUACAGUUAUCUGGAGGCCAUAUAGUAGGUGUGUCACCUACAGUUAGUGCUGCUGGUGGCAUGGUGGGCCCACUGACUCCAGGACCAACAGCAGGGAGUAUGCCAGCCAUGGUUGCUGUGCGUCCUCCUGUACCUCACACAACCACUGUUGUCAGUGGCGCCAAGGUGGUAAAUAUUUCACCGGCAUCAACACAACUGACGGGUGGUGCAGGUGUGCAUGUUUUACCUGUGACAGCAGCUACUGCGAGUUAUGCAGCUCCUGGCAACAGUGUGAGUCCGGGCCAAGCUGUGUGUAUGGGUCAAGGAACGGCACCAUCUGUGGUAGUGACUUCUGAGUAUGUGAACGGUCAGCCUGUUGUAAUAAGUGGCAGUGGUUGCAGUAGUAAUACUACAGUUGUUCAGCACAAGACUACAAUAGUCCAGCAACGUACUACACUUGUUGCUACGCAGAGUGGUGACGAGUCUGGUACACAUUCCUCUGUAUCAACACAAACCCCAGGUGGUUUAGGAGAAAGUGAUGUUAGCAGUUCAGACUGUGUGAGUGCAGCAGCACCGUCUUCGCCGUCUCAUCAGAGUGCAGAGGUCACCACGACCCGUCAUGAUGAGGAUGCCACUCCCCCUAACGACCCUCCCACUCCACUUCCACCGCACUCCCCGGACAAGAAUAAGCAUAUCAUCCCUGAGGAGCUUCACAGUGCAUCCACUCCAGAGGAGGCGGUGACGUGCGGCCGCGGAGUGGUGUGGGGGCCGCAUAGGGGCCACCACUACUGGCCGGCUCAGGUGCUUCACCAGGUUGGUGGUGAGUGUGUGGUGCAGUGGUACGGGGAUCAUAGGGUGGACACUGUGAAACAUUCCGUCCUGUCCACGCUCCCCAUCGUCCCACCCAAAGUGCCCACGCGACGCAGUGUGAGAGGGAGAAAUGCUUUAAAUAAAGCCAUAAGUGAAGCAUUCAACGGGAACACCACUCAUUGUCAAGAUUAUCAAGUCCCACAGCUAAGAAGAAAUAAAACUACAUAUGCAGACUCCCCAACCACUCUGAACAUCGCUGUGGAAGGACCGCUGAAUGGACUGGGUAGUGGACCAAAAAACAGAUCCAUAAAUAGACAAGCAAAACCAGCCUUAAAGCGCCAGCACAUGAACUUAGCCCAGGUUAACCAAGUGACAUCAGGAGAGUGUAAGAAAAGACUUACAAGCAAGGCUAAAAGUCUGACCAUGACUGCAGCAUUACUUGUUCGGGAGUCUUCCUUGCCUCCCCCACACCUCCUCUCUCCUCCUCCUGCAGCAGCUGUGGCCCCUACAAGAAACAGAUCAAGGAGAAGGGUCAGGUGACCUUUUUUAUAAGCCAAGAUAUUUGAGUUGUAUUGAAAUCCAUUGAAAAUAUGUUAGACAUUUAUAGUCUUUACUAAUUGACAUAAAAUCAAAAGAAAUUUAAGAGUGCUAAUAAGGUCUUGAAGCACUACUGUCAUGUUAUGAGUAAUGUUAAACACUCAUUAAGACUUUUAUUUGUAAUUUGCCCUACAAUUUAAUUAUCCCCAUAGAAAUUUGUGAUCCGUUUUUUAUCACUGGGUAUUAUUCUUACACGUGUAUUAACAUUUGGAAGCAAAAUUUUUACUUUAAAAUGAACGACCUCAUGACAGCCUCUGAUAUUUCCACAUAUGGGUUUCUUAAGUGAAUCACAUUUGACUUUUAAUUAUGCCAUAGCAUCAAAAGCUUUAUAGCACUAACUGAAGCAAUACUUUUGAAAAUCUAAUUUUGUUAUUAGUGUUAUGUUAUUUUAAUCCUACAAUGUUACACUCAAGGAAGUGAUAGAGAAACCUAUGGUCUUAAUUCCUUAGACAUUGAGAACAAUAUUUUUAAGAAUACAUAUCAAUGUUUGAUGUAACUCACACACCAUGAUGAUCAUUUGUGCCACUAAAAGGUAACUCACUUCAUUGGCCCCACUCAUGAACCUCGCAGGACACUCAUGUUUUUUGCAAUCAUAGUGACUUCACUUGUAGUUUUCACACAAAAAGGCUGUUCACACUGAGGCCAACAGUGUUAGAUAUAAACCUGGAUCAUUUCUUUCACAACUACAGAGGACUUUAUCAUGUAUUUUAGAUAGAUAAUAAAUUAAACCUUGGGGAUAAUUAAAGUAUCCAUGGCAUUAAGAUUUGCAACUUAUUUUUAAUGAAUUUAUCUACUCAUUCUGGCAGCCUGUGAACUGCAUACACUGUACCGUAAAACUUGGCUUGUAACGCUCUUGAAAUCUUGAGUUGUGUAAUUGAACAUGGAAACUACAGGACCCAUAAUGGUAAUAAGGUAGUUAAUGAUUUAGUACAUGUUGAAUUUGUAUAUGAUAUUAUACAGUGUUUGUACACAGUUUAUUUGAUGAAUAUAAUGAUGUAGCCCAGAUUGGAUCCACAAAAUGGUGUUCCCUGUUUGCCAAGUGAAGCCUGGUGUUACAGGUGAUGAAUAACAAGUACACAUAACUGUAGAUGUUAAAUUUGUAUGUUAUAUUAUAUGCCCAGAUAGAAUCUACAAAGUGGUGGAUGAUUCCAGUUUGCCAAGUGAAUAUGAUAAGUGGUGGUAAGAUGUCAACACUACUCCUCCAGAUUUGUUUGGGUGGAAGUAUCAGGAAAACUUGUCAGUGGACAAAUAACAAUACUGUACUACACUCCUCCUCUCUAGAAUUGAACCCACACCCCUCAGAUGGCAAAUAAGUGCACUAACAAGUUUACCAGCACUUGCCAAGUCAUUUAAACUAGGCCUUCCACUGCUGAACCAGAACUGAAACUAAAAUUGCAUUAUUCAGUACAACAGAUAGGUUAUACCAAAUGACCCGCCAUCACUCAGGAAACGUGGCUUCCCAAUGGUGGGUCUGUUGUCUCCUGUGAUGAAUUUUGUUAAGUUCCUGGGCCAGCAGUGGGAGGCCAUGUUCAAGUGUCUUACCAAUAGAUUAUAAAGUUGGUAAAAUUUUUGCCUACUGCUUCGUGGUGUGGGUUUGAUUCAGCAGGAAGAGUCGUGUUAUCUGUGCAGUCUUCUGUAUGUCUCAGUGUAAUUUUAUGAUGACACAUAUAUUUUCACAUUGUGUGGAAAGUAAAAGUUAGGAAAUUUGAGUACAAUUUAAUACGUAAUUGAUGUCGUCAAAGAUGAUGUUUAAAAAAAGUGGUUGCAAUAUUAUAAAAUGAAUAGUAAUAUUGUAAUAAAUAGAAAUAUUGUAGAAUAAUAUAGAAAUUGCCAUGGUAUACAGAAAAAUUAAAUACCCAGUAAUACCGUGCUACAAUAAAAGUCAUUGGAAGCCGUUGCAACUUACCUCUCACUUGGAGUAUGUUUACACAGUCAGAGAACACAUGCCAGAUGGUGUUCUUAUAAAUGGUCCAGGAUCAACCAUGUUAGUUGAUAAUACUGUAUUGAAAGUCAAGUGUAUUGUUGCAAUAAGAUGGAUGCAUGCAACUUAUAUUGAAUAUCAAGAAUGAGUGAAAGUAUGGGGUCACAGAAAUACUAUGAAUUUGGUCAUGCAUUCAAUACAUGAGGACAUGGUUAGGAAUAAACUUGCAACAGAAAUCAAAAUAGAGCAAAACUGUGUGUAGGGUAAAUCAUAGAAGGGUAUCCAUGUAUUACUCCCUUGUUAUUAUUGGAUAUACCAAACCAUUUUAUUUAAAAUUGAGAUUCUUCAUGUACAUAUAUAAUAUUUAUUAUAUCUAAAGGGCUAAAAUAAGUAAUGAAUAUAUAUAAAUUAGAGUUUGAUUGUAUAGUCAUUAGUAUUUAUAUUCAUAGAAAUUGGAUGAAAUUUAUGCAAAUGGAUACUGUUUACUGUAUAGAAUAUCCAAUAUUAUCAGUAACUUCAAAAAUAGUAUUUUAUGGUAAUGACCUUCCUUUUAUUUUUGACAAAAUUCGUGGUAGAUAAAAGUUGUUUGAAUACGAGUCUCCUCACUCGAGCUGAGGUUAAUAGCUUAACAAGACAUUGACAGGAUAGCCUUAAAAUAUUGGAGAGUUACAAUGUCUUCCACCAGAGACCCUUAAGCUUUCCAAAUAUAAGGUAGUACAGUACAGAACAUUUAGUUCUACACCAUGUUGGGUUAAAUUUGUUUAGGUCACAAUGAAAUUUUUUAAUUCACAACAGAGAGCAGUAAAGUUCAAAACACAAUGGAAGUAGUUUACAUGUGUUGUUAUUUAAUAGUGAAGUGCACUCAGUUUUGGUGUUUCAGGCCCAAAUUCUAUGCAUGGUGACCUGUGCAUAUUUUAUUGUACAGAACCUUUAUUGAGGAUCCUAUGUUUAUAUGUAACAUGACAGAAGUUCUUUGAUUUACUCCACAGAAUCACUAAAUUAUUUUUUCAGAGUUUAUGGCACAAGUUCAUUGAUUUACCCUACAAUUCACAAAAGAGUCCCACAAUGUGGAGGAUGCACUUAAAGCAGAGUUAUGUCGUGUUGCACUUGUCGGGAAGUCGGCAGUUUAUCUACGGCCUCACAAAACCCGUUAUGGCAAGGAUGUCUAAGGUGCCUUCAGUGUGCCAGUAUUAGUGGAGAGUAAAUAUGUGAUAGUGCGCAUUUUGUACACACUUAGUUAAUUAUGACCUUUGUGGAAUUUUGACAAUAAAUGGUGAGUGUAGAGGAUAUAGAAUGCAGUGUUACAAACUAUAAGUAUAAAUCAAAACUGUAAUAUAAGAUGUAUGUUACAGAAUAAUAUUUAGGACAAGGAUACUUGAAUCAAAUUCAAAUAGCAGUAACCAUGAUUGGCUGUACUCAUUAAUCAAUGUAACUGUUACAGAACGUUGUAACCCAAGUUCUUAGAUGGUGCAUGAACCUGAAAAAUAGCUAUUUGUAUCAAUAUAAAGUAGUCAAGCACCCACCUAAGAACUUGGUUGUGAUUAAUAAUCCUAAAUAUACUCUUUUCCAAAUUGCCUCUUGAUAUGCUGUUUAUUUAUCUCUUGUCUCAGUAUAACAACUAGUUUUCAUUUAACCUCAUUUGUGUUGCACCUCAGAGUACACUUUUACUCAGGCAGCAAAUAAAAUGAAACUCUUUUACUAACAUGUUUAGUAUUGUACAUGUUACUGCUACUAGUAUGUGGGAGAUAAAUAUGGCAUUAUGCAGGUUACCACAAGAGUGUGGCUCAUCGGUGCACCCACCCACCGUGGCCUGCAUGGGUAUUAUUGUAGUCAUCACGUAAUUAUGUCUAGUAAGUCAUUAGGGCUGAUAUGGGGUUACCUAAUGCAUUAACUUCCUGUACAAAGUGUUUGAGGUAUUGUAAUUUUUGUAAAUAUAAUAUUCAGACUUUAUUUUACUGUCCAGAUGACCAAGGUAUACUGUACUGUACUUGAAUUGUAACAAGCAAACACAUCCUCUGUAUGCUUAUACCUCUGAAUAUAAUUUCACAAGCUGUGAUGGACAACACAGAGGACCUACAGUAGUGGCAUCUAAAUACUCUGGUGAAAUGGUACUGUGUUACUUUAUGAUCCCAUGACACUGGUGCUAGGAUGGGCAAGUUGGAAAAGAGUUUGUGUUUAGGAUGUGUGGUAUUGUAUUAUUAUGUCUUGGCAAGGGUAUUGAGCUUUAGAGAACUAAUGCCCUACAUUGCUUGUUAUUGUAUUUCAUUGUUAAUGUCUUUUAUCUUCAUCAGUUUCUCACUAUCAGUUGUGGGUAUUAUAACUUCUGUUAGUUUUUAUAGUUUUCAGAUUUAAAUGGAAUCUGUAACUCAUCUCAGAUAUGGCCAACUAGUUUGCCAAAUUAAUUAUACAACAGUAAUAACUGAUAAGUACAAAGUAUGUAUUUCAAGUUGUGUAAACCUUUUAUUUAUUUUUUUAAUUUUUUAUUUUACUUUGCUAACAAGAAUAAGUAUCAGUGAGUUUUCUGAAGUCAUUUUAAUUGUAUAUUUUAUUAAAUGAGAUUAUUAUUAAAGUGUUUACUGUGGUAUGGGUUGCUUGGGAAGAUAGCCAUUUAUUGUAAAGCAGUUCUUGAUGGAAGUCACGUGGAACCCGCCCUAAAUAAUAUUGUAGUGUUUCAGUUGCACUUAUGAUUUUGAUGGGAGAUACAGUUAUGUAGGUGUGAGUUGUAGUAACUUCCAUCAAUUCACUGAUGUAUACUACCUUUACUUUUUGAGCCCAUAUGCCAAAGACUUUACACCACAUCACAGGGUAAUGUGGUGAUUGUAAAAGUUUGCACCAUGUUUAACUUUUUAAAGUUGAUAUGAAAGAGAAUAUGGUAUGCAUUUUAUCUGUUUACAGAGAAGGGAUAUUGCUUGUUUCUUAACCUGUUUAUUUGUAUCUACUGCAGAUAUUUACCAGUGUUGCCACCGUGCACAAGUUGUUUGACUCUAAUAGAUCAGUUAUAGAGAGUAUAGUAUGGAAGGAUUAAAGCACUCUAUGAGUGUGAAAUUACAAUACAAUUAUGUAAGUCAACAUUUGACCAGCCAGCCUUCUGUUGACUAUAAAUAAAAUGGUACAUUAUAUGAAUCCAAUUGCUAUAAUUCACUCCACUUGAAUGAUAGGAAUGUAAACAUGAUAUUUAAAUAAAGAUUGAGUUAUAUGGUACAACCAACACUGUCUUGGUUAAGAGCAGUGCUAAAGGCCCUCUUUAAUGUGGUUAGGGAAAGUAAUGGCUGGUUACAUUGUGCAGCUUCCUAGGGUAGUCAGUUGGUUCCCAGUUUGGGAAUAGAUGUAUGUUGUGCACUGUAUGGCAACACUUGUUUUCUGCAAGCCAAAGAUGCUCGUUGAGUUGCUGUACAGGUUCAGGUUGUUCGAGCUUAGAUUAGAAAUAGAGAAGUGUGGUUUAUAUUGUGUGUACAGAUGAAAUAUUAUAAUAUGGAAGUCUUAGAUUUUUUAAAUGAAGAUAACGUCCCAGUUCUAGGUCAUUGAUGGACCUUUUGUUGAUUAACCACCAAGUGGUUUGUUUCUCUCAUGUUCAAAUAUAUGGUGGGUGAUGUUUCCCAGUAGGCCGUGUGGGUCUACUAGUAAGAUGUAUAUUUUGUCUCUGUAAGCUAUAUUGGGAAACACACCCAUGUUGAACAUUGUUGCCUCUCUCUACCUAACUGUUUCCUACUGGUCAGUCUGCACCUCCCAACAUUUUCCAUCAUCAAAAUAGAUUAUGAGUGUGUUUAUAGGCAUUUUACCCUUGUAGAGUUUUUAAUAUAUAUAAUUUACUGGUGAAAAGGAAUUUAACUGUAUAUGGACCAAUUAUUACUGCAGACUGAAAGUGGUAUUUGCCUUCUUCAAAACCAGUGUUUCACACCAUCCUACCUUCUGCCUUACAUCACUACAGCCAUUAUCUAGGACCUUAUUAGUCAAAAUCUUGAUUAUCCAUAACUUCAUAUUUUUGUAUUUAUUAUAUAUUCAGAUAUAUGGUCUAAACUAUACAUAAACUCAGAAUAAACACUAUAGUCAAAAGGUGAAUACAGUAUCAAAGUCUGAUGUCAGGAUAGUGUUAAGAUCUUACUUGACUUGGUCUUAGAUUAUUGAGAUAAUGAUGUACACUAUUUCAUAAAUAUGUCAUCUCUCUCACCCUCCUUUAAGGGUUCUACUUGACCCCCACAACCUCUUAUCUUCCCCAUAAUCCCUCUUUUUCUUGUGUACAGGAGCAAUCUGUUUGCUGCACUUCUGGACACCCCUACCUAAGAGGUAUCUCGAUAUUAUACUAGUUUCUUCUUUUGCUUUAACGAACGUGUCAAGCUUUAUCCAAUACACAAUUUCAACUUCUA